AUGAGCGACGACACGGGUUUACCUCCUGACUGGGAGGUGCGCCACUCCAACUCGAAGAACCUUCCCUACUAUUUCAACCAGAAAACCCACGAGUCGAGAUGGGAACCGCCGGCCGAUGCAGACACCGACAAGCUCAAAGUCUACAUGGCCAACCACCACAGCUCCUCUGCGAACGGCCGCGUCGAUGGUGCCGCUGGUGAGGGCAAGAUUCGGGCCGCACAUCUCCUCAUCAAGCACCGAGACAGCCGUCGCCCUUCCAGCUGGAAGGAACAAACCAUCACGCGUUCCAAGGAGGAGGCCAUCGAGAUACUGAAACGCCACGAAGAACAAAUCCGCUCGGGCCAGACCACCCUCGGCGACCUUGCUCCUACCGAGUCAGACUGCAGCAGUGCCCGAAAGCGCGGCGACCUGGGCUUGUUCGGCAAAGGUCAGAUGCAGAAAGAGUUCGAAGAUGCAGCAUUCGCCUUGCAACCGGGCGAAAUGAGUGGCAUUGUCGAGACUGCCUCUGGCGUACACCUUAUUCAACGGAUUGCGUAA